UCCUGUUCUUCCAGACCUCUGACUUCUAAGACCAAGGCUCUGGGUCACAGAGAUGUUCUCCCCAACAACAGACAGCUCUAUGAGAUCGUCCUCACCUACAGCUUCCACCAGCCUAAGUCAGGAGAGGUGACCCCCAGCUGUCCACUACUGUGUGAGCUGCUGUAUGAAUCAGAGUUUGACUCUCAGCUCUGGAUGCUGUUUGACCAGAACAAGAGACUACUGGGCUCUGGAGACGCCUACCCACACCAGUACUCUCUCAAACUAGAGAAAGGCGACUACACGGUGCGUCUGCAGGUGCGUCAUGAGCAGGCCUGUGAGCUGGAGCGUCUGAAAGACCUUCCGUUUGUGGUGUCCCACCGUCUGUCCACUGCUCUGACCCUGGAUGUGUACGAGUCUCACCGCGCUGCCCUCGUGGCUAAGAAGAAGACCAACUCCCUGACCCUCACCCCUGGAGCUACCCAGCCUUUUUAUGUUACAGCCCUGCCUGACGACAAGGUUCCUAAAGGAACGUGUCCAGGAUGCUAUCUGACCGGCUCCCUGGUCGUACCUAAGGGAGAGUACGGCAAGAAAGCAGGACAGGCCUCUGCAAAACGACAAGGAAAAUUAAAAAAGGACAUUGUGCCAGUGGUCUACCACCUGAUCCCUGCACCCAACAAGACCAAGAACGGAGCGAAGGAGAAGGAGGGAGAGAAGGAGAAGGAUGGAGCGAAGGAGAAGGAUGGAGCGAAGGAGAAGGAUGUGAAGGAGGAGUUUGCAGAGGCUCUCAGAGACCUGAAGAUCCAGUGGAUGACCAAGUUAGACACCAGCUCCCUGUAUGAUGAACUGAAGGAGAACUUCUCUUCUUACCUGCCACUGCAUGUCCAGAGGCUGCACCAGCUGGACUCUGAGAAGGAGCGUUUGAUGCGCCUGGGUGACAUCGUGACGGCCUCUGACAUGGUUCUGUCUCGGAUUGACCAGACUGCCCUGGCGGUCUACCUCACCAUAAAGACCGACCCUCGCCCCGACGCUGCCACCAUCAAGAGUGACAUGGAGAAGCAGAAAUCCUCCCUGCUGGACGCUCUGUGUAGGAAGGGCUGUGCCCUGGCUGACCUGGUGCUGCUACCGGCUACACCCCAGGACGGGGCUGGGGGAACUGGGGGAGCUGGGGAGGCUAGGGAGGCUAGGGAGGCUGGGGAGGCUAGGGGAGGCUGGAGGGGAGGCUGGGGAGGCUAG